AUAUAUUCCUUCCCCUUCACCCGACUCCUCCCUCCCUCCCUCCCUCCAAACCAUUUAUCUCUCAAUUACUCGCAGACCCUAGAAUUCUUGCUCUCUGCUUGCUGAAUCCAGGCAAAAAGCAUGGCUUUGAUGUCCCAGUCUGGGCCAUCAUAUGGCAUGCAUUCAGAAGUGGUAAAAUGUAAAGGUGGAUGUAAUAGUGUUGUGAACAGUAUGGAGAUGUUCAAAAGGAAUGAAAUUUUCUUUGGUUUGUCUUCCUCUUCACGGAGUUCAUCAAAGGGUAUGAUAGGGUUGCGUUUGGAUUGCAGUGGAGCAGGAUCUAGACGAGGACACGGGGGGUUGACUGUUGCUGCAAGUCCUCCAACGGAGGAUGUUGUUACUGCUGCAGAGCCGUUAACAAAAGAAGACCUCGUUGGAUAUCUUGCUUCUGGAUGCAAGACAAAAGAAAAAUGGAGGAUAGGUACAGAGCAUGAAAAGUUUGGUUUUGAGUUUGAGACUCUGCGGCCUAUGAAGUAUGAACAAAUAGCUGAGUUGCUUAAUGGCAUUUCUGAGAGAUUUGAUUGGGAUAAAAUAAUGGAAGGUGACAAAAUUAUUGGGCUAAAACAGGGAAAGCAAAGUAUAUCGUUGGAGCCUGGUGGUCAAUUUGAGCUUAGUGGUGCACCACUUGAAACUCUGCAUCAAACUUGUGCAGAGGUUAAUUCACAUCUUUACCAGGUAAAGGCUGUUGCAGAGGAGAUGGGAAUUGGAUUUCUGGGAAUUGGGUUCCAACCGAAAUGGGGGCUAAAAGACAUACCGAUAAUGCCAAAGGGGAGAUAUGAGAUCAUGAGAAACUACAUGCCCAAAGUUGGCUCACUUGGACAUGAUAUGAUGUUUCGAACAUGUACUGUUCAGGUGAAUCUGGACUUCAGUUCUGAAGCUGACAUGAUAAACAAGUUCCGUGCUGGUCUUUCAUUGCAGCCUAUUGCUACAGCCCUGUUUGCGAAUUCACCUUUUACUGAAGGAAAACCUAAUGGUUAUCUCAGUAUGAGAAGCCACAUUUGGACUGAUACGGAUAGAAAUCGUACUGGCAUGCUUCCCUUCGUCUUUGAUGAUUCCUUUGGGUUUGAGCAGUAUGUAGACUAUGCGCUUGACGUCCCCAUGUAUUUUGUCUAUCGAAAAAAGAAGUAUAUUGAUUGUACUGGAAUGUCCUUCAGGGAUUUCAUGGUGGGGAAACUGCCUCCUAUUCCCGGAGAAUAUCCCACACUUAAUGACUGGGAGAACCAUUUGACAACAAUAUUUCCCGAGGUGAGACUUAAAAGGUACCUGGAAAUGCGAGGGGCCGAUGGAGGACCUUGGAGGCGAUUAUGUGCAUUGCCUGCUUUCUGGGUUGGUUUAUUGUACGAUGAUAUAUCUUUACAAAGUAUUCUGGACAUGACAGCAGAUUGGACUAUGGGAGAACGAGAGAUGUUGAGGAAUAAGGUUCCUAAAAGUGGCUUGAAUACACCAUUUCGAGACGGUUUGCUCAAGCAUGUUGCUCAAGAUGUUCUGCACUUGGCGAAAGGAGGUCUGGAAAGAAGAGGCUAUAAGGAAACCGGGUUUCUGAAUGCAGUAGCUGAAGUCGUCAACACAGGCGUGACGCCAGCCGAGAAGCUCCUGGAAUUGUACCAUGGGAAUUGGGGGCAAAAUGUUGAUCCUGUAUUUGAGGAGUUGCUUUACUGAGGAUAAACAAGAAAGAAGCUGUGUAGGUUGUGGUCUGGGGUUUUGUUUUUGUGCUGUAAUCAUUCUUGAAAACACUUUAGGGCAACUUGUGUUUAGAAUAAAGGAGAUGUAUUUUGGUCCAAUCUUUGUUGGGUAUUUUAUAUAGAUGGGUGCUUGAGGUUUCAAGCAUGCUACCCAAAACUUUAAUUCAUAUUUCGGGUGUUAAAAUAUCACUUUAAGUUUUGUAGGAAUAUAUUAAAAUUGUUGAUGAGACGAGCAAGUCGCGAACUCGCGAUUUUUUUAGUACGAGAAUCAUAUUCUAUUUACUAGAUCA